CUUAUUUAUUGUGAAGAGCGAAAGCGGUGUUUUAAUUAGAAUUGAAUUUAUAAUAAAAUCUAAAAUUUAUUGAUAUAAUGUCUGCAAUAAAAUCAGAGUACACUUAUUGGCAAGAUGCAGGGCGAUCUGAAAAAAUUACGAAACUUCUGGAUAUCGGAUUAUUAGCCGACUGCAAGUUUGUUGUGGGACCAGAAGACGCAACGGCUGAAACAAUAAUAGGUCAUAAAGUAAUGUUUAUUUUGGAAUCGCCAGUAUUAGAACGAAUGCUAACAGGCAACUUUGUCGAAGCAGAAAAAGACAAAGAAAUACGCAUUACUGAUGUGGACCCGAACGACUUUAAAAACUUCCGUUAUUUGGUUUACAAUAAUGAUUCAUCAAAUCUUUCAAAGUUUACUUUUGAAGAAAUUAUGAAUUUGUAUCGUGUAUCCGACAAAUAUAUGAGCCUAUCAAUUUGUCAAAAAUGCAUAAAUUUUUUGAAAUCGUCAUUAAAAGGUUUACCUUUAGAUCGAUUAAUAACAUUAUUCGAUUUCGCAUGUGGCCUAGAGGACAAACAUUUACAAGCUGCUAUUGAGAUGUGUAUUUCUAAUUGCCGAGAAGUUUUAAUGGGCGAUAAACUUAAUGAAUUGUCUUCGAAAGUAUUUUACGACUAUGUCCUUUUUGUAAGUAAAUUGCCUACGCCUCCAAAACCUAUUAUUAUAUUCAAUGCAAUUGAUUCAUAUUUUAAACAUAACCGUUUAAUGGGAAAGUAUGAGAAUGAAACCAACAUGGAUAAGAAUGCGGACUUGAAAGACAAGAAUGAUGUAGAUAAUAUUCAUUCAUUUAAAAGAAUGCUUUUAAAUUUAGUAAAAUUUGAUGCAAUGUUGCCUGAGGAGUUUAUUUCUGGAACAGAACAAUCUGACUUACUUGAAGCUCAAAUCAAGUUUGAUAUACUUUCCUCUUUGUGUACUCAAGAUGUUGAAGAACCGCAAGAUAUGCCUCUUAAUUACGGUUUUUAGUUUCAAGUUAAAAAAUUUACUUUUGGUAGUUUGGUUGGUUUGUCCCGAUGUUUGUCGGAUUUUGCUAAGCUACGAUAAUUCUGAAAUCAUUAGAGCAAAAUAAUAAAAAAUUGUAUAAUGUCAAAAUAAUAAAAUUGUUUGCAAAAUAUGAA